GAAGCUGUGGGGAGAUCGCAGCACCCAGCGCCAAGCGCAGCGCAGCACCGCGACAGACGGCAGGAGCACCCAUCGACGGGCGCAGCUGGAGCGAGCCGAGCAGAGAGAGGCGUGCUCGAAACCCAGAACCAAGCCGGGCGGCAUCCCCCGGCCGCCGCACGCACAGGCCGGCGCCCUCCUCGCCUCGCUGCUCCCCACCGCGCCCCUCCGGCCAACAUGAGGCUCCUGGCGGCCGCGCUGCUCCUGCUGCUCCUGGCGCUGUGCGCCUCGCGCGUGGAUGGGUCCAAGUGUAAAUGUUCCCGGAAGGGGCCCAAGAUCCGCUACAGCGACGUGAAGAAGCUGGAAAUGAAGCCAAAGUACCCACACUGCGAGGAGAAGAUGGUUAUCAUCACCACCAAGAGCAUGUCCAGGUACCGGGGCCAGGAGCACUGCCUGCAUCCUAAGCUGCAAAGCACCAAGCGCUUCAUCAAAUGGUACAAUGCCUGGAACGAGAAGCGCAGGGUCUAUGAAGAAUAGGGUGGACGAUCUUGGAAAGACAAACUCCAGGCCAGUUGAGAGACUUCAGCAGAGGACUUUGCAGAUUAAAAUAAAAGCCCUUUCUUUCUCACAAGCAUAAGACAAGUUAUAUAUUGCCAUGAAGCUCUUCUUACCAGGGUCAGUUUUUACAUUUUAUAGCUGUGUGUGAAAGGCUUCCAGAUGUGAGAUCCAGCUCUCCUGUGCACCAGACUUCAUUACAAGUGGCUUUUUGCCGGGGGUUUGUUCGGGGGAGGGGGAACCUCAAGCCUUUCCUUUUUAAAAUAAGGGGUUUUGUAUUUGCCCAUACGUCACCACACAUCUGAGCUUUAUAAGCGCCUGGGAGGAACAAUGAGCGAGGUGGAGGCAAUUCACCGCGCUGCUGCUCUGGUCCAGGCUUGCGAAGCUUCCGCUCAGAGAGCCUGGCGCCUCUGCACAGCUGCCAUGGGCUCUCCUGGGCUUAGGACUGGUCAGGGUUUCAGUGUGACUCCACAGUGGCCCCUUCUAUCUCUGUGCCUAGAGGAACUCAGUCUAGUUACCUGAACGAGCAUCCUCCCCACCUCAACCCCCACCCCUCAGCUCAUCCCCUGACUCAACCAGGCAGGUGAUCCUUAAAGGAGCUGGAGGGUUGCAACCUGAGGGUUUCUGAAAGGUCCGCUCUCUGCUUUGGUGGACGAUGCUUCUGAAGCAUCAAAAGUCCCAGCAGUGCUAGAAAACAAUGUUUGGAGAGGGGAAGACUCGAUUAGAUGCAGGACACACAGCCAGAGCUACGCAUCCUAUUGGCAAGGGGAACCCCACAAAGCUUUGUUUCUUUCCCCUCACCCCAAUAGAAAGCACAUUCCCCCUCAAUGCAUAUGCAAACAGCACGGUCCUCUGACUUAGAAUGAUCCUGCACCCUACCCUCUCCUGUGUAUAUAUUGCCUUCAGCACCCCACCCCCACGCCGCACAGGGCCCCUCAGCAGAGGCCACACUGUACGGCUGUGUAUCUGCUAUGUAAAUGCUGAGAACCCAUGACUGCUGCAUGCAGGGUUCAUGUUCUUUCUAAGAAGAAAAAAGAAAGUAAUAAAAUAUAUUUGAAGUUACCAAAAUUCUGGGC